AGCUUUCUUCAGCCUGUACUGAAAACACAGGGGGAGGAACUUUGACCAGUGCUAGUUAGCAGUCAGCUAGCCUGUUUUGUUUCUGUAUUAUUUUCAUAUUUUUGUGUGUUGUUUCAUAUGCAGAGAGAUGUGGUUUAUUUAUUUACUGAGCUGGCUGUCGUUGGUUGUCCAAAUAUCCUUCGUCACUCUAGCAAUAGCUGCUGGCCUGUACUACUUGGCAGAACUAAUAGAAGAAUACACAGUAGCCACCAGUCGAAUAAUAAAGUACAUGAUACUGUUCUCGACAGGUGUGCUGGUAGGUCUCUAUGUUUUUGAAGGCUUCCCAAUGUUGAUGGUGGGAGUCGGCCUCUUCACCAACCUGGUGUACUUCGGCCUCUUGCAGACUUUUCCCUACAUACUGCUGAGCUCCCCAAACUUCAUCCUCUCCUGCGUGUUGGUGGUGGUGAACCAUUACAUGGCCUUCCAGUACUUUGCACAAGAGUAUUAUCCAUUCUCAGAGGUGCUGGCCUACUUCACCAUCUGCCUGUGGGUGAUCCCUUUCGCCUUCUUUGUGUCACUGUCAGCGGGGGAGAAUGUGCUGCCGUCCACUAUACAACAAGGAGAUGACGUGGUGUCUAAUUACUUCACCAAGGGAAAGAGGGGGAAGAGGUCAGGGAUCCUCCUGGUGUUCUCUUUCCUCAAGGAGGCAGUGCUGCCUAGCCGACAGAAAAUGUACUGAGGAGCUCGGACUCGGGGCGCAGGUUCAGGGGUCGGGGUGUGUGCGUGUGUGUGUGCGCGUGUGUGUGUGUGUGUGAUGGAGAUUAAGGGGAAGCUGGAAGGACUGUGGAAAUGUGUUUCUGGAUGGGACUAAAACGAAGCAGUGGCCAAAAGAGGAAGGAGAGCACACAAAGAGGACGGACCAAUGAACAGAACAGAGCUUCCUGGUGGACGAGUCCACGAGUUUACACAGGCCAUGUUUGUCUGUUCGUGUCUGUCUGUCUGUCUGUCUGUCUGUCUGUCUGUACGUACUGACUGCCAACAACAUCUACUAGAGACCUCACUGAGGGGAUCUUGUCUGUAGCGCAAUGCUUUCUUAUUGUCACAUUGGACUCCUCCAUUUUUUAAGCUUUGGUAUUAAAAUAUGUUUGUGCAGGGUUUCUAAAUUUAACAACCACCAAAUACCUGUAACCUUUGACUUUGGCAGAUAAACCAUGAUCAGUUUUUCUUCUUGACAUGACAUCCUGCUGUUAUUUGUGUGUUGUAGAUCUCACACUUCAUCGGAGUCAAUACACAAAGUAGCAUUGAAGACAGUUUAAUACGACUGUUCAAAAUUUCAUCUCCUCAGAUGAUGAAGGUGGGUUGCAGAUGACUUAGACAGCUUAAAGGUACUUUCUGGCUUAAUCCUGAAGUCCACGCUUGGUUUUCUGGUGUGAAUUGAUCCUAGAUAAAAACAGUUCAACAAGUCGCCACAGAAGCACUUAUUAAGAUGACUUAAAAUGAGAAACAGCAGUCUGUAGUUAAGUUGAAAAGAAUCAGCUUCUGAUCUAUGGAGACAGUUUUCUGAUUACAAUGUGAGGCAUGAUAUAAAAGCUCUGCCCUGCCGCAUCACAUUGAUGAAAAGGGGUUAAAUGAAGGCACUUAGAAAGGAUUACGUUUCACCCUUGAAUUGGUGAGCUACAAGAGAUCUCUCUCACUCUGGAGGAUUGACAUUUGGCCGGAAAAACGAUGCACUAGGUGAGAUUUUUUUUGUUUUCGAGCAUCUUACACAUGAAUUAAUCACCAUUGCGAUAGUCUGCAACCGGGACUGUUUAUAAGAAUUCACAGUAAUAACAAACUGAUUUUUGUACAUUCAUCAUCGAAGACAAAUGAAAACACCUCUGAAGAUCGAGCCUGUGCAAUGACUCUUGUAAGCUUACAGGUGUUGGGGACAAAAGCUGUUCAUAAUGGUUUGAUGAAAGUACUAUCAAAGAGAAAGAGAGAAAUUCUUUCUACCAAUUACUGAGUGCGAUUCAUUGUAGGCUGGUAUGCACACAACUGUAAUAAAACAUUUUGUUGAAGUAA